CAAACCUUGACUUUGACAGAUGUUGGAUUUUGCUAAAAUUUCAUCAUUUUACAAGUGACAGCUGUGGACUGUGAUACUUAUUGGUGAAACUGAGAAAGGGGAAAACAUUACACAUACAUCAUGGAAUUCUUGUAAAUAUGGUUUAUUGGGACUAGUCAUAACCGCACUCGAAAAAGAAUAUUAUUUACAAUGGUUUUAGCACAGAGUCGCUGUUUAACUCGUAAAAUUCUUUUUACGAAUCCUGUUUUCUUCAAUUUUCAGGGUCAUUACGUAAAUAGACAAAACGACGUUGGAUGUCAUUGUCAUGGCACUGACUUUCGGAAAAGAACUUUCAUAGGUCUUCCCAAAUUUUCUCGAACCAGGGAAUAUCGCGGGAGACAGCUGGUUGGACAUACAAUGGAUCAAAUGUUUGAAGUUGUAUCAGAUGUUGAUAACUAUCACAAAUUCCUUCCAUGGUGUAAGAAGUCUAUAGUAUUCAAAAGAAGUCCAAACAAUCUCAAAGCAGAUUUAAUCAUUGGUUUUCCACCAAUUAACGAAUCAUAUACUUCAAAUGUCACUCUAGUCAAACCGCACUUGGUCAAAGCUGAGUGCAUGGAUGGCAAGCUAUUCCAUCACAUGCUGACUCUCUGGCGGUUCAGUCCAGGGCUCAAAAGAGAACUGCAGUCUUGUGUCAUUGACUUUCAAAUUACUUUUGAAUUCAAGUCUGCAUUCCAUUCACAUUUGUCAAAUCUGUUUUUUGACCAAGUGGCCAGGCAAAUGGAAUCAGCUUUCAUUGCUGAAGUAGGAAGACGUUAUGGCCCAGCUACAAUGCAACCUAGAAAUUUACUGCUCAAUCAGCCAAUUAAGAGUUGACACCAAGUAUGUCUAGACAAUAGUUAAAUUUAAUAAAAAUGUGAAAGUGUAAAUGUAUUUAUUGUGAUGUCUUGUUUUGAUUACUGUGAUUAAAUUAAAAUUUGUUUUUGUAGAAGCUGAGCUUCACAAUUGUUACCAUUUCAAAUUUAUUGGUAAAUAAAUAAACUAUUAAGUAUUUUAAA